AAAAAAUAUAAAAAUAAUCUUAAUAUGUUAAAAAUGACAAAAAAAAAUGAAUCAAACAAGAAUGUUUCAAGAAUAUAUUCAUAAAAAAUUAAUCAAAUUUUAAAAAUAUAUAUCAAAUUAAUUUUCAAUGUAUAAAAAAGUUGCCAGCUUCACCUGGUGUGGUAUGAGUUGAAGAACCAGCUUCAGAGAAUUGGAGUCGCGGAGGAAACUGUGAAUCCUCCAGCCUUGUAGAAAUUCUCCUCCCAGCUGGGUCUAGAUCUGCCUCUAAUUCUUUUUGCUCACAGAUAGAAUGGAUUGAGUGAGGAAGCAUUAGUUCUGUUCGCCGCGGAGCAAACAUCUGGUGUCGUAGUUCACAUUGGGGACGAACGGACUUACAUCGUCCCAGUUCGGUGCGGUGAGAUUUUGCAUAGAAAGAUGCAGAUUCUUGCACUAAGCGGCAGAGCAUUGAUGAAAUUUUUAAGCGAUUCAUUGAUACGGCAGCACGAAUUCACUCCUAGAUGCAUUAAUCAUGCACUGUCAUGGGAAGCAUUGGGAAAAAAAAAACCCGGACUCAGUAUCUUGCAUGAAUGCAAGAUGAAAUGUUAUGUCACAGAAGAUUAUGACUCUGCCCUCAUCAAAGAUGAGGGAUCGUCAGCUAUGAUUCGGUAUUCAUCAACUGAAUCGAUCAGACUGUCUGUAGAGAGCUGCAUGACAGGGGAGAUUCUCCUUAAACCGCAUUUGGCAGAGAUAUAAGUUUCCCCCACCCCUACCUCCCCCCAACACACAAUGUCCCCCCCCCCACACCCACCCCCCAACAACACAUUAAUGUAUCUUUUUUCUUUUCCUUUUUAAACAGUAAUGGCAUAAGUCUAGACGAUGGGAUUAUUCGUUGCCUCGAGACAUGUAAUUACAGCAACAAUCUCUGAAGCGUUGUCCCUAGCUGCCCAACAAAUAUACGAGUGUUGCUUUUUAGAUCCUCAACAAUGGCAAGAAAAUUAUGAUUUUAGACCGGGGCUUACGGAUAAGCCUGGUUUGCAUGUGAGAGAUUUUCUUCACGGUCAUUGGGUUCUUGUGGAUGGUGAUCUUGGCCCUCAAGAAGCAAUAGUUUAUCCUGGUCUCGCAACUGCGGGUUAUAUCAGCCCUGCACUUCAUCGGACAGACAUUGGUAAUCAGCAGGGUAGCAUGUAUGGACGAUGUUCUCUUUCUUUUAAACUUAUGCCCAAGUCCAUGACCAACCUCAAUUGUUCAGAGAUGCGGGCUGCUGGUCAUGGAGUUGAAGCUCAAUUCCAGCUUCCUGUACCGGUUGACGACUUCAUGCAAAGAUCAACUGAUCAGUUGCUUAACAGGAACAAUUUCCCAACAUUCAACUUUCCGACAGCCCAAGAAGGAUCUAUGAAGCCCAUAAUGAGGAGGAGGAAGAGUAACUCAAGAUCUAAACCUCUUCCACCUUCAAAGAGGUUGAGAUUGGAGGCACAAAGAGUUCUCAAAGAGAGAGUUCAAGAUAUAGCUGAUAAAAAGGGCAUCAAGCUGAGGUUCUGCACCUUAAAGGAUUGUGAAAAUCAUAUCCAGUCACUUGAUAGCCCGUGUACAAACGUAAGAAUGGAGAUUGGAUGGCCACCAGGAGUUCCAUUUGUCCACCCACAUGAUCUCCCAAAUAAGGUUAAGAUUGGAUUUCUUGAAACAUAUGAACCUGGUUGGUCUGCAACUCAUGAUAUGGAGUUGAGCCUAAUCGAUCCCGGACAGCCAAGUCAGCACACUGCGAAUUGAGCAAAAAGGGUAGCCCGGAGCACUAAAGCUACCGCUAUGCGGUGUGUCCGGGGAAGGGCCCCACCACAAGGGUGUAUCGUACGCAGCCUUACCUUGCAUUUCUAUCAGAGGCUGUUUCCAAGGCUUGAACCCGUGGUCACA